CACCCCUUCGGAAUUAGGUGUGUAGGCAACCCUCCAAAAUGGCGCCUCGUCUGACCUACCGCCGGCGCCACAGCUAUCACACCAAGUCUAAUGCCGUCCGGAUUGUGAAAACGCCAGGCGGCCGGCUGGUGUACCAAUACAAGAAGAAGCAGGAGAGCCACCCCAAGUGCGCUGUCAGCGGUGCUCGGCUUCACGGCUUCGCGGCUGUGCCGCACACCCAGCUGCACACGCUCCCCAAGCGUGCCAAGAAGGUCAACCGCGUCUAUGGCGGGCAUCUGUCGCACAGGGUGGUCAAGGAGAGGAUCAUCAGGGCUUUCCUCAUCGAGGAGCAGAAGAUCGUUAAGAAGGUGCUGAAGCUCCAGAAGGCUCAGGAGAAAAAGGCCGCCAAGUAAAGGAUGGCUUCCGUCCAAUGUUGUAACACACCUUCGGCGCUGUUCAGCCUCCUUUCCCCGGACUGCAAGGACUGACAGCUUUCUGUAGAGAACACGACAUUGCCUUAUGAUGUCUCGGAAGGAUUGGACCUCCCCGGUUCUCCUUUUCCACUCUUGGAACUGAUCACGCAACUUGAAAUAGGUUCCUGACGCAAGUUUCACAUGUUGGACAUAAUCCCUGCUGGGCUUUAAAUGGUAUGUGGUUUAUCCCCCAAUAUCAGCGCCCGGAGACAUUUGACUGCCUCUUUUAAAACCAUGUUUUGGCUC